AUGGCCCAAUUUAUUGGUAACCUUGUGGAGAAGACCCCGGUGCUGGUGAAUGCUGCUGUGACUUAUUCACAGCCUCAAUUGGCGACAUUUUGGUACUAUGCCAAGAUCGAGCUGAUUCCUCCCACCCCUGCUGAGAUCCCUAGAGCUAUUCAGAGCCUGAAAAAAAUAGUCAAUAGUGCUCAGACUGGUAGCUUCAAACAACUCACAGUUGAGGGAGCUGUGCUGAAUGGUUUGGUGGCCACUGAGGUGUUGAUGUGGUUUUAUGUUGCAGAGAUCAUAGGCAAGCGUGGCAUCACUGGCUAUGAUGUUCAAAGACCAAUCUUUAACAUCUGGUUAUAUUUGAUUUAUUAUUUGAGUGUUGUUGGAACAUGUGUGGACCUCUCUUCUCUACGCCCUGCUCUGCGGAACCACAUGCUAUAUGUGCCCACUCCUGGCCGAGAUCCGGCAGGGACCCCGGCGCCUACACCCCCACAGUACAACUCUAACAGGAAACUGGGCCAGGACUACCGGUAG